AUGCGUGACAUCCUCGACCAGAUGCUCUCAGCCAGCACCAUGACCCCGAUUCCACCUCAAAUCGUACCGACAGGCCCUUAUCCCGGCCCUCUCAUCCACCAGUCGAAUGGAGGAAAGUACAUCCAGACUUAUGGAAUGCAUAUCGUCCAGUACCCCGACGGAUCAUGGACCAACUGGUCAAUCGCACGGGCAAUGGUGUCUGACGAGCGUCAUCUGACUGGUCUGGCCUUGGCUUUCGGUGUUCCACCUGCUGCCAUCAUGGCUUCAAGCAUGCCUAUCCCCGAUGGCGUUUCCGAGGCUGGUUAUAGUGAUGCGAUGACUGGUUCUGCCCUUGAACUUGCUAAGUGCGAUACUAAUGACCUCUACGUGCCUGCCACAUCUGAGAUCGUUUUUGAGGGACAUUACACCCACCUUUGGCCGAAGUAUACGUCCAAUCGCAUCACCUACCGUAAUGACCCAAUCAUGCCCAUGUCCUCCUGUGGACGCUUAACCGAUGAGACUCACACAAUGAUUGGUUCUCUCGCUGCCGCUGAAAUCCGCCAGAUCUGCCAACAACAUGAUCUCCCCGUAACUGAUGCAUUUACUCCUUUCGUGUCCCAGGUCACCUGGGUCGCAUCGCGCAUUGACACCGCUCGCCUGCGGGAGAUGAAAACCACAUCCGCCGAGUUCUCCAAGCGAAUUGGCGAUGUGAUCUUCAAUUCCAAGGCGGGAUAUACAAUCCAUCGGCUUGUUCUGCGCGGCGAUGAGAUGUCUACGAUGACAAUGAUCUUCGAGGUUGUUUCGGAUGCGCUGAUGCCGUCUGAAUAUACGACUGGUCGAGACUGGGUGCUUGUUAACUUCAAGAACUCCUAUCCCGAGGAGCUUCAGAAAAGGAUUCUGGACAACCGAACCAAGAUGGGGUUCCAAGAUGAUUGA